AACAGACUAUAAAACUACACUAUAUCCCAUAAUGCUCCGCGGCCUGUUCCCAUCAUUCCUUGCUUCAGUUAACGCCACCGGUCAAGAUGGCAGACAGACCAGUUGCUGUUGCUGAGAAGCGUCUAAUGGAAGUGAAACUGGGCGAGUUGGGAAGUUGGCUGGGAUCACGAGACUUUACUCCCAAUGGAAUCAUCAGCGCCAUUCGCAGGGGUCGUGACAGAUACUACAACAAGUACUUUCAUGUGAAGAAGGGAGGCAUUGGUGGCAUUUCUAUGAUGCUCGCUGCCUAUGUGACCAUCAGCUAUAUUUGGGAAUAUGAUCACAUCAAACAUGAUCGCUGGAGGAAGUACCACUAACCAACAGCCAUCUGACCCUGUGGAUGGACUCUUUAGCUCCUCCAACUCUUUCCUUUCUCAGCUUGAGUUCAAUCUGUGACCAAUAAACUAUAACAGUUAUUGUGA